CAGGUUGCUCUCUAGUCUGCCAGGGCAGUAGAGGGUCAGGGGGAGUGUCAUGUUGAAGCUGCUCUUCCACAUAGUGCUGGUGUUGACCUGUCUUCACCCUUCACCUCACCUCCCUCCCCACAUAACCUAACUCCAGCUGCUCUCAGUCUCCACCCUCUUUCACCACUUGGCCAGGAGAAAGGUAAAUAUAGAUCCCCGGGACCACCCAUACACAAAAAAAUAUAUAUAUAUGUACGCAUGACUGUAAGUCGCUUUGGAUAAAAGCGUCUGCUAAAUGGCAUAUUAAUAAUAUACUGUACUGUAAAAGAUUGUGACCUUAACGCAAGCAAUUGCAUUUGAUCACCUGUCUGACUCUUUUUCCUGAAAUGAUACAAUGUGUACAAUCGCCUUAGCUGGGAUUUACAUUAGAGGUUGCCCUAUUGCCUGGGGUAAGUGAACUGAACAUUCACGCAAGUUGAACCUGCUCUGAGGUUGCCUCAUUGGGCAGGUGAUUGUGUUUUUAAAGAAGUGAAAACCACCAAACCUCAAAGAAUUCCAGUAGCCUAAAACCGAUCUUUCUUCUUCCUCCACAUUGUUUAAGUGAAAGACAGACAAUUUAUAGCAGUCAGAGCCUGCUCUGAGAUUUUGUUUACUGAAAACAACCAAAAUACAAAGACUUUCUGUACUGAUCUUUCUGAUGCCUCCCCUAUGUUUAGGUGAAAGGCAGGCAGUAUAUGGCACUUCUGCGUCGAAAUAGCUCAUUUACACUUUCGGGCAACCAAAAAUACUCCUGACUUGCCCGAUGGGCAACUGCCUUUCAGACUUUAAACGUCAAUACCUGCUGAGUGCCUGGUUCGUGCCAGUGUUGAAUUACAUCAAGGUGGUGUAAUGUUGUAGCCUGGAAAUCCAGACUGAAGCAUGCUACGCUUCACUAUUGUUUCACUAUUGAGUGGAAUUUGGUCUGGAUUUCCAGGCUAGUAAUGUUGUACAAUCCUGACAACUGUUUCUGUUCUGUCCAGGUUGUUGGUCCUCGUGGAAAAUGUCCUAUGCAUAUCAGAACCUGUUUAGCUGGAGUCGACCUCGAUUGACACAGCCAUAUCUCCUCUUCCUAUCACUGGGCUUCUUUUGCUGCUUAGUUGCUCCCACAGGUAAAAUGCACCAAUACAUUUCUCUGGAAUUAUUCAUGGUGUCAUGAUUGUCCAGGAUGUAAGAAUGAAUGAGAUCUAUUCAUUGAUUUGAUUAUUAUAUUAUUGUACUUACCAUACACUUUAUCGAAUCUAAGACAUUGCAACAUGAAUACCAUUGUCAAACAAUAGAUGAAUGCCUUUACUAAAUCGGUUGUGUCUUAAGGCGUCUGCAUGCUUCCCAGCCGAAACAGUUAGGUAGAGUUUGUGCAUACAUUAUACAACAUUUUGUGACGUUUUUGUUCAUUUUGGACUUCGGUGAGGUUUUUUUCCGGCGGUUCGGGCACACAACAUAUUUUGGGGAGGCUAGCCGAAGUUCAGAGCUGAAGUCUACGCCCCUUCGUUGUUGAUUGGUCAACAGUAGGGAUUCUUCAAUAAAGUCUUUGUUGUCAUUGAACAAGAGACGAUUCUCUGUCAUGCAAAUUUGUUCAUUUAAAAAUACUUAGUUAAAUGUAAAAUUGCGGGACUAACAUGCUGACUAGACCGGGCACUUACGUGCGCCCGCCAUCUCGCACAUGUUGAUUUUGUCCAUCUACACCAGACGCGAUCAGGACAGGAAGGUUGAAAUAUACAAAUAAAAAAACUCUGAACCAACUAUAUUAAUUUGAGGACAGGUCGAAAAGCAUGAAACAUUCAUGGCCAUUGCAAAAGUAUUCACCCCCCUUGGCAUUUUUCCUAUUUUGUUGCCUUACAACCUGGAAUUAAAAUUGAUUUUUUGGGGGGUUUGUAUCAUUUGAUUUACACAACAUGCCUACCACUUUGAAGAUGCAAAAUAUUUUUUCUUGUGAAACAAACAAGAAAUAAGACCAAAAAAAAGAACCUGAGCGUGCAUAACUAUUCACCCCCCACAAAGUCAAUACUUUGUAGAGCCACCUUUUGCAGCAAUUACAGCUGCAAGUCUCUUGGGGUAUGUCUCUAUAAGCUUGGCACAUCUAGCCACUGGGAUUUUUGCCCAUUCUUCAAGGCAAAACUGCUCCAGCUCCUUCAAGUUGGAUGGGUUCCGCUGGUGUACAGCAAUCUUUAAGUCAUAUCACAGAUUCUCAAUUGGAUUGACGUCUGGGCUUUGACUAGGCCAAUCGAAGACAUUGAAAUGUUUCCCCUUAAACCACUAGAGUGUUGCUUUAGCAGUAUGCUUAGGAUCAUUGUCCUGCUGGAAGGUGAACCUCCGUCCCAGUCUCAAAUCUCUGGAAGACUGAAACAGGUUUCCCUCAGGAAUUUCCCUGUAUUUAGUGCCAUCCAUCAUUCCUUCAAUUCUGACCAGUUUCCCAGUCCCUGCUGAUGAAAAACAUCCCCACAGCAGGAUGCUGCCACCACCAUGCUUCAAUGUGGGGAAGAUGUUCUCGGGUGAUGAGAGGUGUUGGGUUUGCGCCAGACAUAGCAUUUUCCUUGAUGGCCCAAAAUCUCAAUUUUAGUCUCAUCUGACCAGAGUACCUUCUUCCAUAUGUUUAGGGAGUCUCCCACAUGCCUUUUGGCGAACACCAAACAUGUUUGCUUAUUUUUUUCUUUAAGCAAUGGCUUUUUUCUGGCCACUCUUCCGUAAAGCCCAGCUCUGUGGAGUGUACGGUUUAAAGUGGUCCUAUGGACAGAUACUCCAGUCUCUGCUGUGGAGCUUUGCAGCUCCUUCAGGGUUAUCUUUGGUCUCUUUGUUGCCUCUCUGAUUAAUGCCCUCCUUGCCUGGUCCGUGAGUUUUGGUGGGCGGCCCUCUCUUUGUAGGUUUGUUGUGGUGCCAUAUUCUUUCCAUUUUUUAAAUAAUGGAUUUAAUGGUGCUCCGUGGGAUGUUCAAAGUUUUGGAUAUUUUUUUAUAACCCAACCCUGAUCUGUACUUCUCCACAACUUUGUCCCUGACCUGUUUGGAGAGCUCCUUGGCCUUCAUUGUGCCGCCUGCUUGGUGGUGCCCCUUGCUUAGUGGUGUUGCAGACUCUGGGGCCUUUACAUUUACAUUUACGUCAUUUAGCAGACGCUCUUAUCCAGAGCGACUUACAAAUUGGCACAUCUAGCCACUGGGAUUCAGAACAGGUGUAUAUAUAUAUAUAUAUAUAUAUAUAUAUAUAUAUAUAUAUAUAUAUAUAUAUAUAUAUAUAUAUAUAUACUGAGAUCAUGUGACAGAUCAUGUGACACUUAGAUUGCACACAGGUGGACUUUAUUUAACUAAUUAUGUGACUUCUGAAGGUAAUUGGUUGCACCAGAUCUUAUUUAGGGGCUUCAUAGCAAAGGGGGUGAAUACAUAUGCACGUACCAAUUUUCCGUUAUUUUUUGUCAUUUCACUUCAGCAAUUUGGACUAUUUUGUGUAUGUCCAUUACAUGAAAUCCAAAUAAAAAUCCAUUUAAAUUACAGGUUGUAAUGCAACAAAAUAGGAAAAACGCGAAUGGGGAUGAAUACUUUUGCAAGGCACUGUAGCUAGCUUGCUGUUGCUAGCUAAUUUGUCCUGGGAUAUAAAUAUUGUUUUUUAAAAUCAGAAAUGCACAAGGUCCUCUACUCUGACAAUUAAUCCACAGAUAAAAGGGUACAUUUAGUUAGUUUCUAGUAAUCUCUCCAUGUAUGUACAUUUAUUUUGCAACACUCGCGCACGUGACGUGAGCGGUGUGGUCAGCAUGUAAGAUCUCCUCAGCAAAAAUUAAUGACAGAUUUAUUGAGUUAUCUUAAAUUACUUCUGACUAUUUUGAGAAAUGUAUACUUGGACAAACAGUACUAUUGUGCUUUUUUGUAGUUUCUCAAGCGAAGUUCUUUUAAGGGAGUAUGCGAGCACACUGGUUCGGUUCGCCUAGCCGAUUUCGGCUAGACACCAGCCGAACUGAAGCAUGCUGUGUGUUUAUCGGGUUGUUAGUAAUUGUUAUACUGCCUGUUGUUCUGAGGUGUGUAUGCAUAUUUCGGUGGUGGCUCCACUCCGAAUGGCUGUUUCUACAGUGUGGGUGAGUGAUGCCACAAGGCCUGGUGAGUUACAAUGUAGGCCGGACAAAGGGGCCUCUGUGAGUCAGUGUCGAUUGGGUAGGGGGGGGAAUGACUAAACAGAGGCAAAAGGGUCCAAGCAGUGUUACAGGAAGUUGAAGUUACACCCACAUCCCAUAAUAUUCAGCUCAGGAGCGUCUAUAGCUAAGGCAACAAUAGCCAUGGGAAUAGGUGCGCUGUCACAGAGUGUCUGAGUUGGUGAUGGUUGGUGCCAUGUCUUGUCUAGAGACACAUCACAUUUAUUUAUAAAGCCCUUUUUACAUCAGCAGAUGUCACAAAGUGCUUAUACAGAAACCCAGCAAUGCAGAUGUACAUUAGAAGCACGGUGGCUAGGAAAAACUCCCUAGAAAGGCAGGAACCUAGGAAGAAACCUAGAGAGGAAGCAGGCUCUGAGGGAUGGCCAGGGUGGAGAUUAUAAGAGUACAUGGCCAUUAAGGAGAAGAGAGAGAGAGAGAGAGAGAGAGAGAGAGAGAGAGAGAGAGAGAGAAGAGAGAGAGAGAGAGAGAGAGAGAGAGAGAGAGAGAGAGAGAGAGAGAUAGAGGAAGCGCUAGAAUACUACUCAGAAUCGAUACUAGAUCUCGAUAUGAGAGAGAUCAGGAAGUGAGAGCACUCGGAGAGAGAGAGAGAGACUCUCUCACAUGGAUAGGCAGACCAUUCCAUAAAUAUUUAGCUCUAUAGGACAAAGCCCUGCCUCCAGCUGUCUUUUGACUGUAGUGUAGGUAUGUAUGGUAGGACCAAAUCGGAGAGAUAGGUAGGAGUCCAUGCAAUACUUUGUAGGUUAGCUGUAAAACCUUGAAAUCAGCCCUAGCCUUAACAGGAAGCCUGUGUAGAGAGCCUAGCACUGGAGUAAUGUGAUCAAAUGUUUUGUUCUAGUCAAGAUUCUAACAGCCGUAUUUAGCACUAAUUGAAGUUUCUUUAUUUAGAGCAUUACAGUAGUCUAAUCUAGAAGUGACAAAAGCAUGGAUGAGGUUUUCUGCCUCAUUUUUGGACCAAACGUUUCUGAUUUUUGCAAUGUUACGAAGAUGGAAAAAAGCUGCCCUGAUCAGGGUCCAGAGUAACUUUGAGGUCCGUCACAGUUUUAUUUGAGACGACUGUACAACCAUCAAGAUUAGUUGUCAGAUCAAACAGCAGAUCUCUUCGUUUCUUGGGACCUAGAACUAGCAUCUCUGUUUUGACUGAGUUAGUAAAACGUUUGCCACCAUCCACUUCCUUAUGUCUGAAACACAGGCUUCCAGGGUAGGCAAUUUUGGGACUUCACCAUGUUUCUUCUAAAUGUACAGCUGUGUGUCAUCGUAGCAGUGAAAGUUGACAUUGUGACCUUGGUGAUAAUGUUACUUUUGACCUUGGUGAUAAUGUAGCCUAAUCACUGUCUUUUGUCAAGGAAAGGCCUCGUUUCCCUUUACCGCUGUGACUUGGUUGAACAGUUGAGCUUCAUGCAUGUCUGGAGUGUUACUGUAUGUUAAGAGAUUGCAUUUGCGAGGUACAUAUGGCUAUAGAAAGAUGACAUAGUAGGCUAAAGCUUGUUACAAGUUGAAAAUGGUAUUAUCAAUAAAGCAACAUCCAUGACCUAAGUCAGUGGGGCGUAAAACCAGUGUCAGCUGCUUUUCUCAUCUACCUAGCACAUUAGUGAUUGCUCUCAGACUGCACGCACCUGGCUUCCCGGAGCUAAGAAAUAAGGAACUAAAACCAACACACUCAGGGUCCCAUUUAUCCACCGAAAUUACCCAUCCUUGGCCCAGAUGGCAAAGUCUGAUCACAUCCUCUUUAUACACACUCUAUAACAACUCUCUUUCCCUCUCCAGGUGUAUCUGCCGAGAUCUGCAGGGUGACGGGGGGAGUGUUGGGGAUCCACUGGAGCAGCGUGGUCGGUUUAGGCUGGCGCCCCCUGGCCGUGGGGAGGGGUGGCGGCAGCUGCUGGGAGUCCUGCUGCCAAGAGCCAGCCUGCAGCGCCGUCUGGAGCCUGGGGGGGCGCUGUGUGCUGCUGAACUGCUCAAACAGAGGGGUCUGUCAAGUCACGUCUCUCCCCCAGCCCCACAUCGAGUCCCUGGGGCUCCUGCAGCUGCUUUCAAAGGGCACCACCACAGCUCGGACGAGAAGGCUCAGGCAGGCACCAACAGGAAAGGGAAGUGAGGCCGUAAUCCAGAAAUAUGGGUCGGACCACCAACAUUCUAGCACUGUGAGUCAACGGCAUGUUACUGUUCUGUAGUUGAGUCAUUAAUGCCUGUUUACCUCCAUUCUUCCUUCCAGGAUCACUGGGACGGAGUAGAUGAAAGCAAAUACUAAAUACCCUCAUAUAAAGUUAUACAUUUACAUUUACAUUUUAGUCAUUUAGCAGACGCUCUUAUCCAGAGCGACUUACAGUUAGUGAAUACAUUUUUUUUUAUAUACUGGCCCCCCGUGGGACUCGAACCCACAACCCUGGCGUUGCAAACACCAUGCUCUAUCAACUGAGCUACAUCCCUGCCGGCCAUUCCCUCCCCUACCCUGGACAACGCUGGGCCAAUUGUGCGCCGCCCAUGAGUCUCCCGGUCGCGGCCGGCUGCGACAGAGCCUGGAUUUGAACCAGGAUCUCUAGUGGCACAGUUAGCACUGCGAUGCAGUGCCUUAGACCACUGCACCACUCAGGAGACUAUACUUAUACAUGCAUGACAACCUAACUUAUGUGUUAUUGUAUAUUAUGCAAUCUCUUAACUGCAGUGGUUACUUUGUGAAGGAUAUUGAAGACUGUACAAUGUAGCCAAUGUCUUUAGUAAUCUUCCCAUUCUCAUCUGAAGUUCAUCCAUAUCUUGGCAGGGGGUUUCCAAGGAUGCAGAGCAUCCAGCUCCAACAGUUGGCAUCACCAGUGGAGUAGCUCUCCCUCAAACAUCUGAUAAGAAUCACAGCCAGUUAACCAAUGGAGGAGGAGAAGCUCCAUCACCCUCACAACAGAACUCUACAUCAGAGGACACCAUAGACACAGCAUCUUCCAACAGCAGCUCUGUGCUUCCCACUACUGAUCCUACAAUCGCUACAUCACCAACCCAGGCUGGUAAGGCAGUGGACACAAAACUCUGACUUAGUAUCCCUCAAAACCCACCCUCAAAAACUUUUUGGUUAAUAACAUACUAAUAACAAAAUUGAUGUGUUGAGGUAUGUAUUCAUGGCAGGAAAAGCAUGUAGCUCUAAACAUCUACUCCCGUUCAUAAACUGGCACCCACUGCAGAUUUAUAUCUACUGUUGGCACUUUGAAUUAACUGCUGUUUCAGUGCUCCGCCCUCCAUUUUAGUCCAUGUAACUCCUGUGGUUUUCAUGACAGUCCGGGAGUUGGUGGUGUCGGCAGGCGAGAGCGUGGAGGUCACACUGCCGCGCAACGAGGUGGAACUCAAUGCCUUUGUGGUGCCAGCGCCCCAGCCAGGUAUCGCUACUCAACCUACCUGUAUUAUUACUUUGUUUUACUGUAUCAUACACCUGUAUUAUACACACCCACUGUAGUCCACAUCUCACCCUAAUACUAUAUAAGCUUAUCUGUUUAAGUUGGCAUGACAACGACAAAGGAGUGAGCUAAUGCAGAAAACAGCCUGGUACUAAGGAUAGCUUUGUAUCCAUGCAUGUCAUUACUCAUGGCUUACAUCCUCGGCUUUGAGUCACCUCUCUCUUUUCCACUUCUCGAAAGGGACCAACUAUGCAUUUGACUGGCUCUUGAGAACUCAUCCCAAAGACUACAGUGGAGAGAUGGAGGGGAAGCACAGCAAGACGCUCAAACUCAGCAAGGUACAGCUACUUGAAUUAGUUCAACCAUUACCUCUCUCUCAUAACUCUUUCUCUAUUUCUCUCUCUGUUCAAACCCAGGCCUCUUAAUUGAGAUUGAAUUUAUGACUAGAGACAUUUAUACAGUACUGUAAUACUAUGAGAAACAAUUCCUAUAGUAUUCACUAUAAUUCAACCUCUCUCUGGCUCUUGUUCCUAUGUUCAGCUGACAGUGGGGCUGUAUGAGUUUGAGGUGACGGUGGACGGUGACGGAGCACACGGAGAGGGCUAUGUCAACGUAACAGUCAAACCAGGUGGGGGUUAAACUAACAUGACUUGUAUUGACUGUGUUUGAUAUACUCUUUGGUAGGAACAUGUGUAAACUGUAACAUAUUAAAGGGCACCUCCCCUGACUCUCCCAUUAAUGGGCUUAUACAGAAAUGUUGACGAUGACUCAUACCUGGGUCGUGUUCAUUAGAACCAAACGGAAGAUAACAGACUGAAACAGGGAUGGAUUACCUGGAGUUGUCCAAUAAGAAAUGCUCAUUUUUGUUUCCCAUUGCAAAACGUUUUGCUACGUGUUCUCUAAUGAACACGACCCAGCUGUACCGUUCAGCCAAUUAGCUAACCUCUUCCACUUCACAGAGCCGCGGGUAAACAAGCUGCCUGUCGCUGUGGUUUCCCCAAUGUUCCAGGAGAUAUCCUUGCCAACCAGCUCCACGGUGAUCGAUGGCAGCCGUGAGUAGUUGUUUCCUGACAACUAGACAGUAUAGCUCUACUACCGUACAUUUAAAUUAUAGCUUGAUAAUUUUAGGUCAAGAACCGGUAUUUUCCCUAGAAUGCUAGAUGUUUAUCUUCAGUUUGGUGCAAAGGCCCUCCAAACAACACCCUGGUCAGUUUUUACAUAAUCAGCUUACAUAAAACAAUGGAAGACAACCUUUGUAGUCAGGGUUGAGACGGGGGCGAAAGUAUAGGCACAGUGUCCUAUACAUCUAACCAGUUAUUUUCCUCUUCUUCCUAUCCUGUCUUCCUCCUCUCCCUGUGUGCGGCCCCUCAGAGAGCACAGAUGAUGACAAGGUGGUUGCGUGGCACUGGGAGGAGGUGAAGGGCCCACUGAGGGAGGAGAAGGUCUCGGCAGACACUCAAAUCCUCACCCUCACCGGCCUGGUCCCAGGGAACUACACCUUCAGGUACUUUUACCGUGUCUUCUCAAUGGGCAUGUGGCACUUUAUAGUUUCUCUACAUAUUGCAUACACUUUCAUUACCUAGUACCUACGGUUUUGUACACCUACAGGCACUGUUUGUUACCUUGUCUUCUCCAUGGGCCUGCACCAUCUUGUAUUUUCUCUACAUAUUGCUUUAUAUACCUUGAGGUACCUCUUUCUUGUUUUUUCUAUGGGAAUGCUCUAUCAUGUAUUCCCCUUGUAUUCUCCUUUCAUCUCUUACUUCUUACCGGCCCUACCUGCAAGAUACUCAGAUUUGCAUCUCAGAUUUGCCUAGCAGAAUACCAAGCAGUUAGGGGUUGGUUUAGAAUUAAGCAUAAGUGUUAAAUCAAAACUUUCCUCCCCCAUCCUUCAAUAUUACACCUCUACUUCACCUUCAGACAAAUGAGUUGGUAUGUUUGAGUUUGUCGUUUCUUCAUUUGUCCCCCAUUUUGUCCCCUUUAGUCUGACGGUUACUGACUCGGACGGGGCCCAGAGCGCCACCCAGGCCAUGCUGUCGGUCAACAAGGCCAUGGACUACCGGCCGGUGGCCAACGCCGGGCCCAACCAGGUCAUCACGCUACCGCGCAAUGCAGUCACGCUGCAUGGCAACCAGAGCGCGGACGACCACGAGCCGCUGGCCUACGAGUGGUCGCUCAGCCCAGAGAGCAAAGGCAAGGUGGUGGAGAUGCAGGUGAGAGAGGAGCACCAGGGCCGGCUUCAGUUUGUUAGGGACCAUGCACAGGUCUUACCUAGCAAUCAAGGGGAUUCUUUUUAUUUAAAAAAAUUUUUUUAAAUACACUGCUCAAAAUAAUUAAGGGAACACUAAAAUAACACAUCCUAGAUCUGAAUGAAUGAAAUAAUCUUAUUAAAUACUUUUUUCUUUACCUAGUUGAAUGUGCUGACAACAAAAUCACACAAAAAUUAUCAAUGGAAAUCAAAUUUAUCAACCCAUGAAGGUCUGGAUUUGGAGUCACCCUCAAAAUUAAAGUGGAAAACUACACUACAGGCUGAUCCAACUUUGAUGUAAUGUCCUUAAAACAAGUCAAAAUGAGGCUCAGUAGUGUGUGUGGCCUCCACGUGCCUGUAUGACCUCCCUACAACGCCUGGGCAUGCUCCUGAUGAGGUGGCGGAUGGUCUCCUGAGGGAUCUCCUCCCAGACCUGGACUAAAGCAUCCGCCAACUCCUGGACAGUCUGUGGUGCAACGUGGCGUUGGUGGAUGGAGCGAGACAUGAUGUCCCAGAUGUGCUCAAUUGGAUUCAGGUCUGGGGAACGGGCGGUCCAUAGCAUCAAUGCCUUCCUCUUGCAGGAACUGCUGACACACUCCAGCCACAUGAGGUCUAGCAUUGUCUUGCAUUAGGAGGAACCCAGGGCCAACCGCACCAGCAUAUGGUCUCACAAGGGGUCUGAGGAUCUCAUCUCGGUACCUAAUGGCAGUCAGGCUACCUCUGGCGAGCACAUGGAGGGCUGUGCGGCCCCCCAAAGAAAUGCCACCCCACACCAUGACUGACCCACCGCCAAACCGGUCAUGCUGGAGGAUGUUGCAGGCAGCAGAACGUUCUCCACGGCGUCUCCAGACUCUGUCACGUGCUCAGUGUGAACCUGCUUUCAUCUGUGAAGAGCACAGGGCGCCAGUGGCGAAUUUGCCAAUCUUGGUGUUCUCUGGCAAAUGCCAAACGUCCUGCACGGUGUUGGGCUGUAAGCACAACCCCCACCUGUGGACGUCGGGCUCUCAUACCACCCUCAUGGAGUCUGUUUCUGACCGUUUGAGCAGACACAUGCACAUUUGUGGCUUGCUGGAGGUCAUUUUGCAGGGCUCUGGCAGUGCUCCUCCUGCUCCUCCUUGCACAAAGGCGGAGGUAGCAGUCCUGCUGCUGGGUUGUUGCCCUCCUACGGCCUCCUCCACGUCUCCUGAUGUACUGGCCUGUCUCCUGUUAGCGCCUCCAUGCUCUGGACACUACGCUGACAGACACAGCAAACCUUCUUGCCACAGCUCGCAUUGAUGUGCCAUCCUGGAUGAGCUGCACUACCUGAGCCACUUGUGUGGGUUGUAGACUCCGUCUCAUGCUACCACUAGAGUGAAAGCACCGCCAGCAUUCAAAAGUGACCAAAACAUCAGCCAGGAAGCAUAGGAACUGAGAAGUGGUCUGUGGUCAACACCUGCAAAACCAGUCCUUUAUUGGGAGUGUCUUGCUAAUUGCCUAUAAUUUCCACCUGUUGUCUAUUCCAUUUGCACAACAGCAUGUGACAUUUAUUGUCAAUCAGUGUUGCUUCCUAAGUGGACAGUUUGAUUUCACAGAAGUGUGAUUGACUUGGAGUUAAAUUGUGUUGUUUAAGUGUUCCCUUUAUUUUUUUGAGAAUUGUAUAUUUUCCCCAUGAUAGCCUUAUUGUGGCAAUUUUUGUUUGAAGGUGGAAAUACUUUGUUUCGGCACCAACAAAAAAAGGGAAAUUCUUCUCUUCCAUCUUGACAGUAUUCUCUUCGUCCUAUAGGGCGUUCGGACUCCCACUCUGCAGCUAUCUGCCAUGCAGGAAGGAGACUACACCUUCCAGCUCACUGUCACAGACACAGCCGGACAGCAGGACACAGCACAGGUCACUGUUAUCGUCCAGCCAGGUAAACCAGCAGCACAUAGAUAAUGUGUAUCUAUGGCCAAUGUCAACACCACUGCUAUUGUGUCACUUCAAUGAAUGUAUGUUGGCUUAACCUUGUUGAGACUUACAUUGGGAAUAGCAUAAAGAGAAAUGUAUGGACAAUUCUGUUACCUCCCUUGUGUGAUCUUGUAAUUGCGUGAAUAUCAUGCCUGAUUUACAUGAAAUAAGCCACACAUAUUUUCUCUAAUUCUUGCUAUUAUGCUAUUAUAUAACAUAUCUGAAUGGAUGUUGGUUUAACCUUGAUGAAACAUACAUUGAGAAUAAAGACAGACAAAACUAGCAUAGUUCUGUACAUGAAAAUACAGUUAUAUACGGAUAUUGUCCUCGUAGCAUGUCACCAAAGUCUAUGUUCUCCUAAGCCUGCAUGUGUUCCAUCCUCCUCAGAGAACAAUAAGCCCCCAGUAGCAGACACCGGCCCGGAGAAGGAGCUGACCCUGCCUGUGGACCGCACCACUCUAGACGGCAGCAAGAGCACGGACGACCAGAAUAUCUCCACCUACCACUGGAAACAGAGCAAGUCAGUAUUCACACACGUAUGCACAGACAGACAGACACAACAUGCACAUAGACGACACGCACACACACUCAACGACAUGCAUGCUCACUUUUGAGCACACACACUCACUUUCUUUCUUUCACACACACACACACACACACACAUACGCACCGACUCCCAAAUUCACACACAGUACCCUUUGGCAAAUUACACACUCCUUAUUCUCUGUGCAUGAGAGUGACACUUAGUUCAACUACCAGAAGCAAUAUGGUGAGUGGAGAUGACACUUUGGAGCACUCUUCUCUUCCAUCUCUCAUGUUAUAUGGCACAGUUCAGUGCUAUGUGCUGACUGCUGAUAGUGGAACUGCUGUUUCUCCACCUUUCUGAUUCUGUGAUGGUCUGUCUGUCUCUUCUCAGGGGUCCGGACGGAGUGAAGAUCGAGAACGCCGAUGGCGCCAUUGCCACGGUGACGGGGCUGCAAGUAGGCGAGUACGAGUUCAGUCUGACUGUGACGGACGAGAGGAAACUGGCGAGCACUGACACGGUCACGGUCAUCGUCCGACAGGGUAACUGUCCUGUGUGUGUGUUUUUUGUUUAAAUUCUCUUUCCUGAUUUCGUAAGAGUAGGUUUUUCCUUAGCCUCAUUUAUUUCUGGGUGCUGAGAUGAGUUUUUACCUGACAAACACAGUUAUUGUUUGAGUUUGCAAGAAAGGCAUUUCACUGUACUUGUGCAUGUGGCAUUAAAAACGUGAAACUUGAUUAAUAUAGAAUUGCUUACAAAGAAAUGUAUCAGAGACAGAACUCUUUUAAGCUUUCAAAAACAGGCUAGACGAUGUAAUGGUCUCACACAAGACGCACUCAACUAUUUAGGCAACUGUCAACUGAAGUCAAGCCGAGCUGAAUGUCAAUACUCUUUGAAGGAUAACUAAAGCAUAACUCACACACCUAUAUUAUUACCAGGUGCAUGGAGAGAAACCGCAUACUGAGUAUUUCAGAAUACUCUUUGGCACUGCAAUGUCCUUAAAUAUGUAUUGUCUUCUCUCGACCAGAGUUAGACCAACCCCCAGUAGCCCAUGUCCAGUCCAGCCCGGCCAUCUCUCUGCCCCUGCGGACUGCAACCCUGGAUGGCUCCCACUCCACAGACGACAAGGGCGGAGUCGGCUACUUGUGGACCCGUGACGACAGUAGUCCUGCAGCAGGGGUGAGAGACAGAGUCCACUCCGUGGUACUAUAACGGAUAACAGAAAUAUUUACAGAAAAUAUUAUGAAGUAUUAGGGGAGCUGUGGCAGACAAAUACAAUGUACCUAUAGUAAGUAAACAGAAAAAUACAAUAUAGUAUACAUUUCCCUCUUGUUGUUGUAUUAGGUAAAAGCGUUCUUAUUUUACAUUUACAUCAUUUAGCAGACGCUCUUAUCCAGAGCGACUUACAAAUUGGUGCAUUCAACUUAUGAUAGCCAGUGGGACAACCACCUUUUAUAAAUUUAUUUUUAUUUUUAUGGGGGGUGGGGGAAGAAGGAUUACUUUAUACUAUUCCAGGUAUUCUUUAAAGAGGUAGUGUUUCAAGUGUCUCCGGAAGGUGGUCAGUGACUCCGCUGUCCUGGUGUCGUGGGGGAGCUUGUUCCACCAUUGGGGUGCCAGGGCAGCGAAUAGGUUUGACUGGGCUGAGCGGGAACUGUGCUUCCGUAGAGGUAGGGGAGCUAGCAGGCCAGAGGUGGAUGAAUGUAGUGCCCUCGUUUGGGUGUACGGUCUGAUCAGAGCCUUAAUUACGCUCUUGCAUUUCUCAUGAUAAAUAUUCUGCUUAAUAAUAUUUGCAUACAAUGACCUACUACUGGAAAUAUUUGGAAUAAGAAUGUGUUCUGGUCAGAUUCCAGUUUUUCCACUUUUCUUUUUGCAGUAGUGUAGGCCAUUGCAUGCAGCUCGAAAAUACAACGUUCUGCUAUUAUAACAUAAUUCAAUGUCUUAUUCAGACUUUGAAUUUAAGAAAUGUGUCAUCAGCAUAAGACAAAAUAUCAUUGUAGUUGAUCAAAUACAAAUAAAAUGCAUCUUGUAUGAAGAAUUGUGUUGUCUGUCCCUCAGGAUGUACUGAACAACUCUGACCACCAGGCGGUGCUGUUUCUCACUAACCUGGUGGAGGGAAAGUACAGCUUCACUUUGACUGUGACAGACAGCAAGGGCCAGAGCAGCUCAGACAGAGGGACUGUAGAGGUCAAACCAGGUCAGUGGGCUCCUUAUGGACUACAUACACACAAACACAAAUGCCCAGUGCAAAAUCAACCCCUAGACACUUGGUCUGAAAGAAUCAAAUGGAUGUAGCUAUACCUACAGCUAGCUUUUUGGUACACUAGGGUUCUUUUCCAUCAUAUUCCUAAUACCCAAUCCAUUCAGAUCUAUGGGAAGUAGGAGCAAUAAUCUAUGAAUAACACACACAAACACACACACACACAGCAGAAAUGGCACCUACACACACUAUCAUUAUCCCAAUGUCUUCUUCUCUCACUCACUCUGUCCUCCUCCCUCUCUUUCCUGUCAGACGUUUGGCAGCGUGACCUGGUGGAGCUGGUGCUGGAGGUGUCUGUGUCCCAGGUGUCCCACCGCCAGAGAGACAUGCUGCUCAGACAGGUGGGCGUGCUGCUGGGCGUGCUGGACAGUGACAUCAUCGUACGGGAAGUCAGCGCCUUCAACGAUCACAGGUCAGCUCCUUACCACUAUAUCUUCAAUUCAACUCACUCAACUUUAUUGCCACAAUAAGUUACUAUAUUGCAAUGUAAGUGCAAGAACACAGGAAUACACUCUUUCUCUGACAUACAUUCUUUCUUCUACACAUUUUAGCAUGCGUUGUUUUGGCCCAUCUGACUCGGAUUAAAUCCAUCGAUAACAAUAUUUGGGGUUAUAUGAACAAUGUGUAAUAAAAAAUGUAACCACACUUACAGGGUGUGGACAUGAGAGAUUAUUUGUUACAAAACUAAGAGGCAAUGGUUAUAAUUACUAAUAAUUAGUCAUAAUUAGGCUGGUUGAGUGAAUCUAUUAAUUUGUCCUCAGCCUGAGCGAAUCUAUUAAUUCCUUCCCAUCUCCAUUCCUCUCCUCCUAGUACUCGUCUGGUGUUCUUGGUGUCUGGGGGUCCGGGUCGCCCCCCUCUGUCGGGUCACAGUGUAGCUCUGGGGCUACGCAACAAACUACGCAAACUACGCAAACAGAAAAACGACUUCCUCAUCUUCAAGGCACAGCGGGUGGACACAGUCAGUGAGUAUCCAGACAUGAGAGAAAAAUGACAUGGAUGGAGAAAUGUAUUAGGACUAAUGAAUUGGAAGUUCAUUUCCAUGAAAAGCACUUAUUGAGAGUUUGCUGUGAAAUUAAACAUGUUCUAUGAAUUAAAUUAUUAUUUUAUAUUGUUUUUACAUUUGUGAUAUUUAAAGUAUGGGCAAUUUAGUUUAUUUUGACUUACCCUUACCUCUUUUCUAACUUACAACUUCAAGUUUGGCUUAAUAUAUUUGUUUUAUUGUUCUCCAGUCUAGAUAGACUAGUCUUAAAAGACAGUUAGGAUAGGUUUGUCGUCUUUGACCAAGAAGAUGUCAAGAAGACUCUAGAAAACCUGUGGCCUAACUGAAUUAAAAGUUCAUGUCUCUAACGUAUCUCUCCCCCUGCAGUCUGCCAGCUGAACUGCUCCAGUCACGGGGAUUGCGACUCAUUCACGCGGACCUGUGUCUGCCACCCAUUCUGGAUGGAGAAUUUCAUCAAAGCACAGCUGUGGGACCAAGAGAAAAACUGUGGUGAGGAGCAGAGUGGACACUCAUGAAAUUGAAGAUUAUGACAUUAUACAUUAGGAUACUGUGAAGACUCAUGUGACUGCAUGAAUUUACUUCUGAGUAUGACACACAGUACAGAACGUUGUAAUGGAAAUAUCAAGAGUGGAAAGUGCUGAAUUCAAGCGUUCUCAUUCUGACAACCUGCGACUUAUAUUGACCCUCUCUCUUUCAGAAUGGAGUGUUCUGUAUGUGACCAUAGCAUCCUUCAUGAUUGUGGUUGCCAUCGCGACAGUUGUUUGGGGUGUGGUGUGUUGUUGCCGCAGGUAAGAAUGCCACUAACAUUGAGAUUUACAUUUUUAUAUUAAUAUUAUGUUGCUUCAUUUACAUUGCAUAGCGUACUACUCUGUUUAAAUACAUGCUUGUUGUCCAUCCAGUAAUGUGUAAUAAGCACACUGACAGGAAUGUGUGUCUUGAACAGGCGUAAGGGUAAAGUGCGCCACAAGAGCAAAAGCCGCUACAAGAUGCUUGAUGGUGAAGAGCAGGACAGCCUGGAGCUACACCCACCCCGAGCUGGUAACACACACACACACACACACAUUACCUACUCUCUGUCCCUUAUUAUCUUAGAAUAUGUCGAGCACCGCAAAUUCCUUUCCCUUUCUCCCCCACCAGGCCGAAUGAAGCCAGCCCCCGCCCCCUCCUCCUCCGCCCUCAUGCGCUCUGACUCUGACUUGGACAGUGACGACGGCCAGGGAGGGGUCCCAUGGGCAGACAGGGAACGAGGACACCUCCUCCGACCUCAGAACGGAACCCUGAGAAACGGCCAGGGCCCCACCAGGAGCAAAAAGCAAAGAGAGGAGCUGCCAUAG